AUGACUACAAGCAUCAAGACAUCCCCUGCCCUCGGCGACCGGCCACCCGGCCGGCCACUGGGCGACGGCUGCCCCACUGGUGACGUGGCGCGGGAAGCGCGCGAGCAACCGUCGGCCCAACCGCCGCCGCCUCGCGCGCCCCAUCCAAACCAACCAAUGGGCGCCCGUCUUUUUGGCGCCAGGGCGGGGAAGUGGCGCGGCCUCGUCCCGCUGCAACCUAUAGGAUCGUUGGAACUACAAAUUUUCAUUCCAAUGAAUUCAGAAAGGUUAAUAUCAGAGAACAGAAACAGCUUUAAUAAUAAAGCCAACUCUGCCACUAUGACAAGGCAACCAUCUCGAGUCCUUGUAGUGGAUGUUACACCUCCUUUCUGGUCAGACAUUUGCUCCAAUCUCUGUGAAGUCCUGGAAAAUUUCUUUGCUUUAGCCUGCAGUUUGGGAGGGUUAUGUCGCCUGCCUCUCUUCAGUCUUUAUGUGGUUCACAAUCAACAGGAAUGUCUUCUUCCUUUUCUGCAAGUGAAAGGAAACUUUCCCAAGCUCCAGUCAUGCAUCUCAGAACUGAGAUCAAUGCCAAAAGAGGGGUGUUUGCGUGAAAAGCCAGGUUCAUUAAAACAUGCUGUAGAAGAUGGUCUUUUACAGUUUAAACAGUACAUGAGGCAUGUGACAAUAGGAGGAUCACUGAAUAGCUGCUCAGUAGAGAUUACAGUACUUACCACCCAGCCUGGGAAGCAAGUGGUGAAGCAACUUGAGUCAGGUCUCAGUGAGACUGAUUUAGUCAGUGUUAGGCGCUUACAGGUACUGCAAGUAUCCAGCUCUAACGCAAUGGAACUGAUGGACAUGCCUUGCAGCACACAGUCAAUCCUAUCUGGUGAAGUAAACAACUCUGAUGAAUGCUCCAUCCUGGGGACAGAUAUCGACCUGCAGAUAAUUGGGAAUGACACAGUCAGCCUGGAUAGUUUCUUCAAGAGUUGGUUACACAAUCAUGAAACAGACAAGGAACAUCUCCAUUUGUUGCUUGCAGAUAUGCGUCUUCCCACCUGCUUGAAAUGUGAUGUUCAGGAGCGACUCAUCAGUCCUGCCCUCCUUCCUGGACCUAUUGACUUCACUGAGAAAACUGAAAGUCUCAAAGACAUCCAAAAGAUUAACAAAGCAGCAAAUUCAGGAAGCUUGCAGUACAAACUCCAAGUUAUAAAAGCUCUGAAAUCAGAUGGUGUCUGUGAAUCUGUAUUCUAUGGGCUCCCACUUAUCAUCACACCUACAAACUGCUGGAAGCUGGACUGGGAUGAAUUGGAAACAAAUCACCAAAACUUCCAUGCACUCUGUCACACCUUGAAGAAAAGAGACUGGAUGCUUUUAGCUCGUUCUGAGCCUCAGGUUAUGAGAACUACAUGGUCUGUUCAUGUUGACUCCUAUUACAUCAUACUGCCUUCAACCACCUUGAGUCUCCUGGUAAAGCCUGUGGCAGUGCAAGAGCUCCUUUUACCCUGUGAUCUUCCUUACAGAUUUGAUGAUCCACCCGAAACAGCUCUGAGUAAAAUGGAGGAGAUAUUGGAUGGGCUCGAUGUGGAAUCAACAUUUAACCCACUGAGCCUGAAAAGUAAUCUGUAUAAGCAUCUCAGAGGAACUUUAGUUAGAUCUCCUUAUCGUCAGCAACCAAAGCAAGUGCAGCGGAGAGAGCAACAUCAUCCUGAACAACUACACAGACAGCAGAACAGGCCGAACCAAAAUAAAAUGAAAGCUGCAGUGGCUCCCCUCCCAUUAGUUCAUCAGCCUGCCAAUCAGCCCAAGAAUCUCAGGCCUACAUUGUCUGUAAGCACUUGUUCCUAUAGAACAGCCUCAUUCUCAGAUGAAGAAGAGUUUUUGUCAGGCUCAUAA